CUAAUAUUGUCCACCGCCCUUGGCUGCACAACACGCGCUAGAGGCCAAAGCUGCCAAGGUCCAACCAACUUCAACCACCUUCUUCCCAUCCCCAGCCUGUCAUCCAGCCCCAAACGUCUUCAUCUCCAUCCUCCGCCGGCCAUCCUCGCCCGCCUUCUGCCAUCGCCAUCGCCAUCGCCUGCCAAUUCCGGGCCCUCGCCGAGCAUCCGCACGCUGCAUGUCAUUCGCCUGCCUGGCCUCGCAAUAGUCAGCAUUUCUGUGCCGCAAGGCUGUCGAAUCUCUGCCGGGAGCAAAAAAAUUACCCUAGCUCUCGCCACAAUCUCCAGCCACACCUCGAGCAGCCUCGAAAUGGUGUCGCUGCUCUAGCUGCCUCCCAUCUUUGCGACUGCAUGCCACCCGUCCCUCUGGACUCGCUGUCGCCUGGAUCCCUCUCGCCCAUUGCAUCUUCAUAUGGCCUCUCACGCCGCUGCCAUUGCUGCCGAAACCCCACUCCCGUCAGGCCCGACGCCAACCCCUCCCCCAGCUCUCCCUUUGGACGACGUCGCGAGACAGCCCAAGCGCCGUCGCGAGUCUGAAUCCGAGCCGUUGCGUGCAGCUGCCUCCCAACGGCCCAGCUCCCAAUCGCCUCCCUCGAAGACCGCCAGGCUGCUGCUGGCAUCCGGCCAAUCCCCGCUUCCGUCGACCGGCGCCGUGGCUGUGGAAGACGAGCGACGGCCUCGAGAAGAAGAAAGAGGAGAAGAGAGAGAAGGAGAAGAAGAAGAAGCAGUAGCAGCAGCAGCAGCAGCAGUAGCAGACAGAGUGGCUGAGCACUACCAGACUGCUGAGCUGCGCGCAAACGGCGAGCAUCACGGCGAGAACCACAGCCAACCAGCCCUCCUAACCCUCUUGUCUGCAGGAAACGAAGCCAUGAGCCGUCCGGCAGACGCGCCUCAGCUGGCUCCCACAGCCGCCAUGGAGCCCUCCUCCAAGCUUGCCACGGCUGCCUUGUCCAUAUCACAAAACAGUGGCGAUCGCAUCGAAGAACGAAGCGAGGUGACUCCCCAGAGUCCCGCGAGCAUUGCUGGCGCGCAAGUCACCGAGAGCCCGACAGCCAUGGAUGUCGACGUCAAGGGCGAUUCGCUCGUGUCUCAGCAGGUGGCCGUGCAAGAGGAACGCCCGCAGCCCGGGUCCUUGUCAUAUCCGGGCUCCUUACAAACCACCGGCAGCAUGCCAGAGUCGCCAGUCCGUGGCAUGACCUUUCCGAUGCCCUCCCAAAGCCAGGGCUCUCCGCCGCCGUCGGCAAACAAGAAACACAAGUGCCCUUAUUGCAACACCGAGUUUACUCGGCACCACAACCUCAAGAGCCAUCUCCUGACGCACAGCCAGGAAAAGCCCUACGUAUGCACCGACUGUCAGAUGCGGUUCCGCCGCCUUCAUGACCUGAAACGCCAUGGCAAGCUUCAUACGGGCGAGAAAAACCACGUAUGCCCCAAGUGCGACCGCAAGUUUGCCCGAGGCGAUGCUCUCGCCCGCCACAGCAAAGGCAUCGGCGGAUGCGCUGGCAGACGAUCGAGCAUGGGAAGCUUUGCCGACGGAGACGAACUGGAUGGCGGCAUGGAGGGAGACGAGGCGGUCAUGUCGGGCAUGGCGUACGACAACGUUGACGAAGAAGAACUCAGGCGGCAGAGCUUGCCCAGCAUGGGCGUCCAGCAUAUGCCGGGCGGCCAAGCGGACCAGUAUAGCGCUCACGCUCGGACUUAUCCCCCGGCUGGAGCAAGACCUGCGGCUGCCGCCUCGCUGUACGCCCCCGCCGGCGGGCAGAACCCUGCGGCCACCACCGGUAGCUCGAGCGUCUCCAACAGCCUCGGGGGCAGCCACACGCCGAAUACCAGCAUCUCUUCCGUGGCGGUUGGCGGCGGACCCGCUGGUCUCUACGCACAGGCUGGCGUGCCGGACGUGGCGAAGCCGCUGAGCCCCGGCGGCGUCCAAGCCCACGACGGCUCUGGCGUCGCACGGCAGCGGUCGCCCAGCCUGUCUCAGCAACUGCAGCAGCAGCAGCAGCAGAUGGGCAGGCGACAGUCGGACAUGCAGUCUCCUCAUGGCGGACAAGGCAGACCGAAGCUUCCUGGUUUAACCCACCCGGGAUACGUCCCCGCAGGCUCCCCGGCCUUCUCCCACGGCCGCCCGCCCAGCUCAACCGCAGCCGCAACCGCAGCCCCGGCCCAGGCUCCGGCCCCGGCCCCGUCGAGUGGCGAUAGCGGUAACAUGUUUGCCCAGAGCGACCCAAGCGUGUGGGCCUACAUCCAGACAUUGGAGGAGAAAGUCAAGUCGCUGUCGGAUAAGGUCGUCUUGCUUGAUCACGAGAUGUCUGUGCUCAAGAAACAGCUUCAACCCAAUGAAGGGGUACCUGCAGGAUGAGGGGAAUGGCGUUCGGGCAUGGGAAUCAGGGCGGAUGGUUGAAACCCUCGACGCCAAAAGAUGGCGAUCAAGGUAUAACGAUUGUUCCUUGUUAUCAUUGUUGUAGUAUACAGAUCUGUGCGAUUAACUUGGCCGUGGCAUUUCGGAAGGUCAUGUCUGCUGUUGUUUUCUUGUUUCAAGAAUGGAGUGACACGUUGUUU